GAGGCAGGUCCCCCCCCUCCGCUUUGUAAGCUUUCGCGUUUAGGACACAGCCUCCAACCUGUACAGCCGGCAAGCCAAGGAGAGAGAGAGAGAGAGAGAGAGCGGGAGAGAGAGCAAGGCGAGCAGCCUCGUCCAAAGCCUGGUUCGACCCGUCCCUAUUUCCCUAUUAGAGAAAUAGAGCGCGGCGUUCGUCGUAUAGGUUCGCAUCUCCGCCCUCGGGAGGAUUGCAGAGAGGGAAAGAAAAAAGAAAAAAAAAAGAACGGAAAACCCAAAACCAGCAAAAGGCGAUUCCUAUCCGGCUCCGUUUUUGUUUUGUUUUUUUUAACUUAAGGAGACCUGCGCUCGAGCGAAGAUUUCUGGGGUGAGAAGAAGAGCUUCGCCUGCCUCCCCUGGGAAGAUGGGGCAGGGACCCCCGAAGACCGAACCCCGUUAAAAAAAAAGCCCCGGCUUUGGCGCGGCGUCCGGAUCGUGGCCUCCGCCUGGUGCGCCCGCGUGGUUUCCUUUGGCUCCCGCCUCUCACCACCACCACCCCUCCCACGCCCCAAACACUCCCACCCGCGAACUUUGCUAUCUCCGCACGGCGGGUCUUCGCCUCCGCUUUUCGCCGAGAGGGACCGUCCGUGAGGCAACCCGGCGAGCCGCCUUCCCUGAGCCGCCCUUCCACACACACUCACACACACACACACCCCACCCCCUGAGGCGAAGAAGGGCGCCCCCGAGGCAAAGGGGAGAGGAGGAGGAGGAGGGGGGGAAAGGCGGCCGUUUUUUCCCCCCCGGAGAGCUCGCCCCCUGAGGCAUGGAUGUCGGCGCCCUCCCUUCAGGCCAGAUCAGCGCGCCGGAGGCUCUGAGCGAAGGGGCUCCCCACCAGCUGUCCGCUCGCCUCGCCCGGGAGCUCACCCUCCCAGCAUGUUUCUUUCCAUGAGGCCUCUCCCAGCGCCCAGAGCUUCAGUACAAUGUGCAGAUGGAGACUGAUACAGGGUGCCUCCUCCGCCUCUGCCCACCUGCCUUCCUCCUCCUCCUCCUCCUCCUCCUCCUCUUCUUCUUCCUCCUCCUCCUCCGCCGGCCGCGGCGGCUGCGGCUUCUUGCUGCUGCUCUGCCUGAUGUCUUCGCUGAGCGCCUCCAGCCCUGAGCCCGGGCGCGGCAUGCUGCUCCUCAAGGCCGCCAACGCCUCGUCCGCCUCUUCUUCUUCUUCUUCUUCCUCGCCUUCUUCCUCCUCCUCGGCCUCGGCCGCCAGCGCGGGGAGACACGUGCGGAGCUACGAUCACCUCCGAGGAGACGUGAGGCGGAGGAAACUCUAUUGCUUCAACAAGUUCUUCCUCCGGAUUGAGAAGAACGGGAACGUGAGCGGCACCAAGAGGGACAACUGCCCCUUCAGCAUAUUGGAAAUAACAUCAGUGGAAAUUGGAGUGGUGGCUGUUAAAUCCAUUAACAGCAAUUAUUAUCUUGCCAUGAAUAAGAAUGGCAAAGUCUAUGGAUCUAAAGAGUUUAACAACGAUUGCAAACUAAAGGAAAGGAUAGAAGAAAAUGGAUACAAUACGUAUGCCUCGUUCUCCUGGAAAAAUAAUGGAAAGCAAAUGUUUGUGGCUUUGAAUGGAAAAGGUGGGACAAGGAAAGGACAGAGAACCAGGCGGAAAAACACUACUGCUCAUUUUCUUCCCAUGUUAGUUGACCCACAGAUGAAGGACUUCUUCUACUGAUAGCAGCUGAACCAAAGAUUUUGUCAGGAAUACCUUGUACUCCUCUCAGAAGGCAAAGGCAAAAACAGAGCAGACGUCUGUUUGACGGAAAAGGGGAAGGUUUUCUACUCUCUGUUGAAUUAUGAAGUACCUCUAAUUAGUUACAUGUCAUAUCCUAUAAUCAAGACACAAGCUGGAUCAAAUGGAAUCAGAGCUUUUUCCAGGGCAAGCAAAUUAUGAUUAUUAUUUUUUUAUCUUGCCGGUAGAACUGAAAGGAUAUGAGACAAUGUAUGGGGCGAUGUUGGGGAAAGUUAUUUAUGGAAUACUAACUCAAAUCAAAAGAACUUCAUUCAAGCCUAAUGAUCCAAUGAACAGUUAAGCAUUUACUGUAAGCACAUGGGUCAUAUGCAGAAAGAAGAAAAGAUUUUUUGGAACGGUCUCAUAUGGAAGAGAUGAAUAGGAUUAAGAAAUAUAAGCAUAUUAAAGUUGUUCUAACAAAAUAAAUAGUAUGAUUCCCCAUCUCUUUGUAUGCUAACGCCAUGCCUUUGUAUUUCUCCCUAAGUUAUUUAUUUAAUAGGAUGUUAAAUAUCUUUCUUCUCUUUUUUUUUUUUGAUUGUUUGAAGGAUUUUCUUAGUUGCUUCCUCUUGCAUAAUGGUUCUUUUCCUGCUAUCUAUAUUCUUUGCAAGAUUGACAAAGUCAAACCUUGAAACCUUGCCCAAAUUUCCAUAAAUACAGGAAGAACAACACAAAGGAAAAAUAUAGGAUUGUAGAUUGUGUUCAGUUGUGUCCCCCCCCUUAAACCUUGUCUUUUAAGAUUUGCACUUAAAAUCGAUAGGAUCAGAAAUGAAUGGAAAUUCAUCAACAGGAUCUGUGUGCAUUUUAUCAACAUCUUUGAUUACUGCUUCCCUCACAGAUCCAAAACUUCCUAUAAAGCAUCAUCUACAGAAUUUUGCUGCUGUUUUGAAGUGGGCAGAAUUUAUUUGGCUAUUCAAAUAUCAUUUAAUGCCUGACCUCAAAGGUAUUGAAAUUGAAUCAUAAUUAUUCUUUUUUUUAAAAAAAAAUGAGUCAUAACUAUAUAUGGCCACAUGUUAUACCAGUGGUUUUUUUUUUAUUUCAGCUGCUUUAAAAUGUGUGGACUUUAAUUCCCAGAAUUCAAAUCUUAACAUUGCUGAGGAUGAGAAAAGCUGUUUAUACUAAUGCAAUUUCUUUUCAGAAAGACAUUGAAUUAAGUAUAUUGAGCUGAUAACAUCUGAGCAGCUAUUUGUUUACAUCACCACACCCAAAAAAAAUACAUAGAAAAAGCCAUUCCUUUAACUGCAGUCUGUUUCAGAAAACAGCCCUGAAAUACAUGGUGUUGAAAAUUGCAUUCUUAAUCUACUGUAAAUACAGUUCAAUUCAGGAUAGUUUCAAAUAAUGCAUAGGAGUUGCAGAAGGGAACGGAAAUUGCAUUUUAGUUACGCUAUCAAACCCAAUGCAAAAGCCUAUUCCAUAAACCCCCGAAGAUUAAGACUAAACCCCUUUUAUCUCUUUGCAGGAAAAUGUACAUUUUCCUGUUAUGACUGAAAUCAUGUGCUAUCCAUGCUGCUCCUAUGUAGUGUUGAAGGCUGUCCAAUGUUCUUGAGCAUAUCAGUUUAAGAUGUCUGUACUUGGGUCUACUAAAAUCUUACCAAAUGAGAAUAACACUUUAAUUGAAGAUAAAGAAUUGGCUGAACAUCAGAUGUGAGCAUUCACUUUUACUUAGGUGUGCUGAUUGUCAGCUGUAUUCCCGGGAGCUUUGAAUUAAAAAGUUUGAGAAGUAGCCUCUCAAUUGAUGGUGCUGAAAAACUUUCCAUGCAAAAUGUAAAAAAAAAAAAAAAACCCUGAAAGAAGAAUAUUGGGAUUGUAUUGUUCAAAACAAGUGGCUGUUCCCUUUUUAUUUUGGUCAUUACUUGCUGUUAAUUUUUAAUACAGGAGUGGAUAAUCCACGAAUCACAUAUUCCUAUGCUCCAUGUUCCUUUUGUACAAUUUCUGGAGCUUCUUAGGGAGAAAAUACCAAACAGCAUGUACUUACUACCAUUACAAUCCUGCUACAUUAACUCUCAGCCAUGGUCCACCAAUAAAAGUGGGAGAAGAGAUUUCAAAAACAAAAGAGAAGUCCAACUCUUGCUCCAAUUCUUCUGUGACAUCAUUUCAAUCUUGGCCCACCCACUACAUCCCUUGGCCACUAGGGGAAAAAAUUAGACAUUGCUUCCUAGGCUGAGAAAUCGAUCAUUCCUACUUUAAUGUUUAGAGGCUAGGCUUUUGUGUAUUAUAUAUUCAAAUGAGUAAUCCUAGCUCCAACUAGGAUUACUUAUUUGAUUUCUGUGGAUUAAGGGUGCACGAUCUAGAAAAGGCUCCACAAUGCGAUCUCUUGUCAGUGUGAGUCCCAAAGAAAUGCCUUGUCAUCUUGGGGUGAAUAUUUAAGGUCCGAAAUGGACUGUGAUGAUCAUACAGCCAUUCCUGGCCAUUUUAGCAUAGUCUACUAUAACUAUAUUGAUGAGAAUGGAUCUGGUAUAAAUUAUUUGAGGAUUGCAGCCACUAUUUUUCUUAUGUGUAUAUAACUCUUAAGAGCCGAUCUACAAGCAACAUCUUUCUUCGUCUAUCAAAAUAUAAGCUAUGGCUCUAAAGCAGGGGUGUCAAACUCAAGGCCUGGGACUGGAUCCGGCCCAUGGGGUGCUUAGAUCUGGCCCACAGGGCUGCCCUGGAAACAGCGAAGGACCAGCUCGUAGUGCCUCUGCCAGAGGGCAGAGGGUUGCAGGAGGCUGUCGCAGCUGAAAACGGAGCUCGGGAGCCUGUUUUCGCUGGCAAAGCACUUCGGCCACCACCGGCACCCCCGACACGAGUGACAUUGAGCUGGCCAUGCCCAUCCUGCCAUAUCCAUGCCAGCCCCCUGAAGUCAAACACAACUCUGAGGCAGCCCUCAAUGAAAUCGAGUUUGACACCCCUGCCCUAAAGUGUAAUAUUGGGCAUAAUUUUAAUGGAGGGUUCUUUUUUCAUAGCUUACACUGAAUAAUGCAGUCUUCACUUAAACAUCAUAUCAACUUCUUUCAGUCUGAAAAAAAAAUUAUAUGAGUUUUAUUUGUUUGUUUUAUUUUAUUUUUCUCUUUAACAUUAGAGAACUAUGGAUCAAUAUAACCAUAACAAGAUUCAUUUUGUUAGAGCAAGUUAAGUAGAAACUGUACAUCCAACCAGCACGUAGCACUCUCUUCACAGUGUAUCCCACUAAAUAAAUGAAGAAAUGCUUAUGUCUUCUUUGCAGUGUCUAUAGUGAAGAGCAAAUGUAGUUUGUUGUUUAAUGAAUAUUAAUAUUCAAAAUACUUUAAGGGGCUAAGUAUAUUGAUACUGCAGGUUAUUUUUCUUUAGUUUUUUUUUUUUUUAUCUCACAAAAAGAAUGGGUUUAAAAUGUUUGGAAAUAGUAGUUUGGUACAGAUGCUUUACAAAUUGGGUUCUUUUUGAAAUAAUGCAUAAUUGUACAGUGUUGAUCAUAUUGGUGAUUUUUAUUGUACUCUUUUCCAUUCUCCAAUUCCCUGAAAAAUCAACUAAAACUGACCAGUGGGGAAAUUAUUCCAGAGUGUAAUAUAGAUUGGUAUAAAGUUUGUACAGGUAGUCCUUAACUUAGGACCAUAAUGGAGCUUGCCCAUCAUGAACGUAACUCGUGACGGCCGUAAAAUGUGACCGACCUGAUUUUAUUACCUUUCUUAUGGAUGGCAUAAGCAAAUCUGUGGUUGUUAAGUGAACGCUGCAGUUGCUAUGGGCGUGGUUUUGCCAAAAAAUGGACGUAAAUGCUAAUUUCUGCAAAAACAUUGUAAAAUGCAGUGAUGUGCAUAGAUGCAGCCUGGUUGGCAAAUGCCCAUAGUGAGGUCACAUGACAGGGGCAGGCGGGGUGAAGGGACAACUGUCAGAACUUCAUAUCCAAUAAGUACUCCCAGUUAGAUGCGUCAGAAUUUCAAAUAGUCACUAAGUCUACAAAUAGUCUACUCCCUGUAGAACAAGGAAAUUUGAUGAGUAAUAAAUAUAAAAUAUAAUGUAAUAAAGAUAAAACACAGUCCAACUAAACUUCCUUGCAUAUGUGCAUGGCAGUGUCUGUACUAUAUCAUAUUCUCAUCUCAACCUCAUCUUUUAUCUAUGAUUCAAUAUUAUUCGAAGGAUUAUAUUUAAAUUGUUCUGUGCAGCCCAUUUGCCAGCUUUCCUCAAUCUACGUGCAUUCUGGAAAGGUGGAUUUCAAAUCCCAGGAUUCUCCACCAGCCUGUUUGUGGCUGGGAAGUCUCAAAAUUGAAAUCAAUCUACCUAGAGAUUAUUGUGUGGGGGGAGGGGAGGGGGAGAUUACCUUAUGCCAAUCAUCCUUAUUUAGACCUGACACCAGGGGUAGUAUUCACUUACCUUCAUUACCAGUUCACAAAUAUCACCUCCGCGCAUGUGUAGGGCUUUCUGUGCCUGCGCAGUGCAUCAAAAACGGGGCGUGAUGACAUCCAGGUGGAUGGGCGGAGCCUCCUGCAGCCGCCACUACCGAUUAGCCCGAACCGGAUAGAACCGGCUGAAUACCACCACUGCCUGACACCUAUCCUAGGAUGGAUCUGGCCUUGCAAAAUGUUCAGACUGCAGUUGCUUAGCCUUAAAUACAAAAUGCUUUGCCUGGGUGUUCCCUUAUGCAAGCGGCCCCAAGAAACAUGAGAUGGUGGAAUAAUUGUCUUGCGCAGCUCGCCCCCCCCCCCCCCCCCCGCUUUCACUAGAUGUUGCCGACUGACUUCUGCUUCGAGUCACAUGGGCAAAACAGUAUUUGGCAGAAGUCACCUUUCCCUGCCUGAUACAGUGAAAUACAGCUCCCAGAAAACAAGAGUUGCACCAGACUGGGAAAGGCUGGGCUAAAAUAUUUUUUCUUGCAGUUGAACAAAAAUGCUUUACUCUCUGUAAAACUACCAAGAGUUCGAUUUGGAGAUCAUGACGGUCCCUAUCAUGGCUGCAUAAUGAAAGGCUUGUCCUAUUAGGGGAAAAAGCUUUCCUUGUGUUACCUUUGUUGUUUUGUUUUGUUUUCAAAGUGAUAAUUGCAACUGACAAGGCAUGGUGGACCACCCACAACAAAAAAUAAAUGUUUGGUUGACAAAGGAAGGAUUGGAUGACCACUCUCCAGAAGAGUCGAUGUGGUACAAACAAGCAUUGGUUUGGGGGAAGGGAAGAUGUGUAAACAUUCAUAAUUACAGGACUUCAAAAAUCUGUAGAAAAGCUUCUUGUGGGGAAAAAAAAGAUUGGGUAUAAAAAUAUUUAUUAAUAAAACAUAAAAAUUAAGGUGAACAGAUGUAAAGAUAUACAAAGUGGGAGGUUAACAAUGUUGCUCUCCUUAUAAAAAUGUCUAUACUUUUCUUUCCAAAUGUCUUUGAUGUUUAUUAGAGAAGGAAAAAGAAUCAAUUUUUUUUUCUGGUUUAAAUUUGCUUUUACUGUGCAGAAUGUAACAAAGUCCCUAAUAAAUUGAGCUAUUGAUGUAUUUUCCUGAAAGGAAAAGAAUUUUUUUCCCUCUCUCUCUCUCUCUUAAAUCAUUUGCCUCUAAAAUGAGAAUUACAUGUGCUGAAAAUGCAGUACAUUAAUGAAAGCAGAUUUUUAGAGCUUAGGGGUCAUCCUUCUUUCGAACAGGUAAAAUAAUUGAAAAGGUUGAAAAUAAGGUAAUUUGGAGGGAAAAAAACUGACAAGGAAUGACUAAAUGUAUUCAGAGUCUGCCUUGGGUUUUUGAAGACCUCUCAGCAGACGUUCGUAGCUAUUUCACUGAUGCUUGAGCGUUUUUAAAAUAAUUUCAAAAAUCCUGCAAAGUUAAUGUGCCCACUAUAGCAGUUCUUUGCUGCAGUUUUCCAGAGUAAUAUUGUCCCAAUAUUGAGCGCAUGUACAAGGAAUUUCUCAAUGUGAAAUAUUGUUUGAAACAAAUCCAAGCACUGAUAUAACUCAUUUUAAAGGGACUUGUGCUAGAGAGUUUAUGGGUAGAUGUAAAAUGUCUUUCUAUACUCAUCAUAAAUCUGAGACAAUCUGAUCAUAAUUUCUAAAAAAAAAAAGGAUGUGCACGGUAUGUGUGUUUUGUGGUUAUUGUUGUUUUUUUAAAAAAAAAAUAGGUUGAACAUGUACAGUAUAUUUAAAUAAUAAAAGUUAAAAAAUAACUACA